CUGUUUUACUAUAGGUUAGUUGCCUUUGGUGAUUUGAGUAACGUAAAAGUCGAUAUCUGCAUUUGUUAUUUUUAAGUUAUUUGCCUUUGGAGAAUUGCGUAACGUAAAAGUCGAUAUCUGUGUUCGUUUGUUUUUUUCUUUUUACCGUCACCUUCAUUAGUUUUCUCGACGAGAUAGAGAUCCAAGACGAGCCGAGUUCCUGCGUGCUUGGUUAUAUAACGGGUGAUACGAAAUUUUUAAUAAGCAAUAUAAACAAAAGUAAAAAUAAUUUGUUAUUGAAAAUCUCAACAAGAUGACAUCGCAAGUGAAUGAUUUCUAUAAUGGCAAGAAUAUUUUCUUAACUGGUGGAACUGGUUUUCUUGGUAUUUGUUUGAUCGAAAAGCUUCUUAGAUCUUGUCCAGAUCUAAAAAAUAUUUAUUUGCUUAUUAGACCGAAAAAGGGAAAGCAAAUUAACGAGAGAUUAGAAGAGGUGAUACAAAAUUCGGUCUUUGAUAGAUUGAGAGAAGAAAAUAAGACAGAAUUGUUUAAGAAAUUAAUUGCUGUUUCUGGUGAUGUUGGCGAAGACAAUUUAGGUUUGUCUAAUGAAGAUCGGUUACAACUAAUAGAAAACGUACAAAUUGUUAUACAUUCUGCUGCUACUCUGGAUUUUGAAAGUAGUUUAAAAAAUGCUGUUCAUAUUAACUUGCUAGGUACUAGAAAAGUUGUUCAGCUUUGUCAGGAAAUUAGGAAUCUCAAGGCUUUGGUGCAUGUUUCCAGUGCUUAUGUUAAUUCAGUAUUACAUGAUGUUCAAGAAAAAAUUUAUCCAGCUCCAGAGGAUGUAAAUAAAGUACUAAAAUUAGUAAAAGAAUUGAACGAUGGCGCAUUAGAAGAAGAAACUCCAAAAUUAUUAGGGGAACAUCCAAAUUCAUAUACAUUUACCAAACAUUUAGCUGAGCACGAAGUAGCUAAUGUUCACUUACCGUCUGCGAUAGUACGACCUUCUAUGAUUGUAGGAUCAUGGAAGGAACCAGUACCUGGAUGGACCAUAUCUAAAAAUGGGCCAACAGGCUUCCUUAUGGGUGCCAGUAAAGGAGUUGUGCGGAGAUUACCUAUUGCUAAAUCUUUGAUAUAUGAUUAUAUUCCAGUAGAUAUUGUUGUGAAUACUCUCAUUACUGCUGCUUAUGCUAUUAAUCGUGAUAGUACAAAUAAUGUGAAAGUAUAUCAUUGUACAUCAAGUACAUGUAAUCCCUUUAAAUGGGAAUGCGUAGAGUCAAAAAUUACUCCAUAUCUACACAAAUAUCCAUUGAAGAGUGCUGUUUGGUAUCCGCAUCUUAAAUUUAUAAGCUCGAUAUUUUUAUUUAAAAUUUCUGCCUUUUUUGUACACAUGAUUCCUGCAUUUAUUUUGGAUACAAUUACAAGAUUAUUUGGAGGACGGCCAAUAUUAGUACGUUUGCACAGUAACAUUAAUAAAUCUCUAGACCGUCUUGAAAAGUUCAUUUUUACGGAAUGGAAGUUUAAUAAUCCAGCUUUUAUGGAUUUAAAAAAAUCUUUAUCAGAAGAAGAUAAAGAUAAAUUCUAUAUGAACAUUGAAUCAUUGGUUUGGGAGGAUUACUUUUUGAAUCUAGUAUUGGGUGUGAGAAUUUAUCUAUCUAAAGACCCAAAAAAAACACUUGAAAAAGCACGUUCGAAAAAUAUGAUAUUAAUGGUGGCCCAUCUAAGCUUGCAAGCUUUAUUAUUAGGAUUUUGUUGGUGGCUGGUCAAAGUUUCGUUCAACUCAACUUGGACAAAAACAGGCAUGACAGUUCCGAUCAUGUAUCUUCUCUUUGAUCAGCUUUAAAUAUUAUAUAAAGAUGCAAAAAGUUUACAAAACAUCUUUUAUCAAGGAAAAUGUAUUUUCUUUCUUAUCUAUACUUAACUUUGUAGAGUUCGAUUUGUCCAUCGAGAUAAAACAAAAUUUUGUCAAGGUCAAUCAGAAUGAUUGUUUUGAAAAUUACGUGUCAACUGCAAGGAUAUGACAUCGAUUCUACAAACACUCGAUUAUGGACCAAACUUUUCGUAAAAUAUAAAUAAGAUUUCUUCGUUUCAUUGAUGUUACAACUUAUAUUAUUUGAAGUAUUCCAGUAUCAUUUAUUGUUCACAAUUUAAAUACAAUAAUCAUAUCAUCAGCGUUAUGAUUAUGAUGCGUUAUAUAUUUUAAAAGUAAAACUUGCAAAAUGAAAUAAGAAAAAUAAUUAUAGUUUUAUAGUUACUGUUUUCAUUUUGUAAAUUUAUCUGUUCUUUUAUGAUACAGUUUAGAUUAUACUACAUUCAAUGAUAUACUUACUACAUUAAUUUUAUCGUUCCUGAUACGAUUGUAAAAAGUAGCAUAAUAAAAAAGAAAUUAUAAAAAUUUGAGAAACUUUUGUCAAUAACGAUGUUAAAAACAGUUGUUUACAUGAGGUAAAAUUAAUUUUUACGCAAGAACUGAUGUACAUUAUUAAUUAUUAUAUAUAAAUUGUGCCAUCUACUAUGUCGAAAUAGUACUGAAUCGAAGUGUGAAAAGAAACAGGUGCAUCGUCGAGAUAGCCGACUUCGUAAAAUGUAUAUUUGAUCAUAUUUCUGAAUUGUUGUGCUGCAAACUGGAAGCUUGCAAAAUAUUGUAACUUGUUUGUAAUAUUUUAAUGAAGUUGUAUGAAUUUCAUAGACUCGUAUAUACAUGCACAUAUUUAUAUAAAUAAAUAAACACUUCUGUUCUAUAUUAAUAAUA